CGGCCGACCCGUUCGUUUACGCCAGGUUCACGGUUUCCCGAAAAACGUGAUUGAAAUUAUAAAAUUUGUGUUUGAAAACUAUGGUCGUCGUGAGUUGACGGUAUUAUUUGUUGCGGCCAUUUGAGAUAACUUGACUUGACGCUCCGGCAUCGCUUCACUUUGCCCUCCUUUGUGAAAAUUUUUGUGGACCCGCCUGGACCCACCAUAGCAUGCAAACUCAAGACACAGAGGGGACUGAUGGAUCUCCAUGGAACAAUUCAAGUGGAUGCGAAGAAGAUCGAAAGGGAAAUCCAAAGGAGAAAAAAUCUAAUGUAUUACCAUUAUGGGGAAACGAGAGGUCAAUGAACUUGAAUCCUUUAAUAUUAACAAACAUACAAUCUUCGCACUACUUCAAGGUCAACUUAUAUGAACUUAAAACAUACCACGAGGUUAUUGAUGAAAUUUAUUACAAAGUUUUGCACUUGGAACCAUGGGAAAAAGGCAGUCGGAAGACAGCGGGCCAAACUGGAAUGUGUGGAGGCGUACGAGGUGUCGGAGCAGGAGGAAUAGUUUCAACAGCUUACUGCCUCUUGUACAAACUAUUCACCCUACGUUUGACGAGGAAACAACUAAAUGGCCUCAUAAAUCAUCCUGACUCUCCAUACAUUCGCGCCCUCGGCUUCAUGUACAUUAGAUACACCCAGCCACCAGCUGAUUUAUUCAGCUGGUAUGACGAAUACUUGGAAGAUGCAGAGGAAUUGGAUGUCAAGGCAGGGGGUGGUCAGGUAAUGAAAAUGGGCGAUAUAUUGAAACAGUUCCUGACAAAGCUUGAAUGGUUUUCUACACUCUUUCCCCGGAUACCUGUUCCAAUACAAAAAGACUUGGAGCAAAAACUUGGAGAGAGAUUUCCACAGCAGACUAUGAAUGCGCGCAACGCCAAGCCACCGAUAACAUUAAAUAAUCAUGGAAAGUAUAAUAGUAAUAACACUACUAAAAGAGAUAACAACAGAAGUGGGUGCACAACAGUGCGACCCCAGCAGCCCAGGCACAUACCAGACAGUGAAGCACAGUGGGGAGAAGCCGAGAGAGCGAGCCAUUGGCGAGCCAGAUCUGAUGAAGAGCGUAGAGAAGAUCGCAAAGAUAGGUACAGGGAUAAAGAAAGAGACAGAGGGGAGCGUGAACGGGAACGGCCCAGAGAACGUGAAAAAGAAAGAGACCGCGAGAGGCACAGCAGGCGAUCUACAAGCAGAGAACGAUCUUUCAGAAGACAAAAGGACCACAGAAGUCGGAGCAGAGAUCGAUCGCACAGAGAACGGAGUCGUGAUCGUCAUAGGCACAGGGAUAGGUAGGCGGGGUUCUCCUUACGAUUAUGCGAGUGAGCUUGCCCGAGAGAAGUAAAGACAACGCAGAGAAUAACGUUAGCCACGUUUAUUGAAUUUAAUAAUAUAAAUUUGUUUGUAUGAAUGCAGUGAAAAAUGAGAGUUAGAACCGAGCCAUUCAAUUGCUACUCUAUUCACAUUACCGCGAGGAGCGGUGUUAGCCUAAUGCUAGUUAUAAUGCAUAUAUCCAGGAUGUAAUUCAACUUGUUUUUUAUGAAAUAAAAUUUAAAUACUACCGAA